GCGGUAUACGAUGAAGCAGACUCGGACAACAUCACGGAGAGCAUCAACUCGAACUUUUCAAUCACGAACGCUGAACUACUCGGCAUUUUAAAAGCACUGGAACUCAUCAAAGCAAAAGGAUACAGGAAAGCGGUCAUUUUCACGGACUCAAUGAGUGCGUGUGAGAUGAUACGAAAUGGAAGAGCAGUGGACAACAACUAUCUCAUAGGAGAGAUAUACAAGGAGUUCCUGAACAAUGCGGAAAGUGCGAUCAAGGUACAAUGGAUACCGAGCCAUAUGGGAAUCCAUGGGAACGAAAUCGCCGAUCAGCUGGCAGUGGCCAAAACACAGCACAAACAAUCGGACUACCAAGGAGUAACUGCUGGAGACGCGCUCGUCCUGAGCGCGAAAAAUACGUGGGAAGAUUGGAACCGGAAGUACAAGGAAGUGUCGAAAGACAAAGGAAAAUGGCACUACCAAUUGAUGGAGAAACCAGGGAAACGGAUAUGGAGUAAGGAGCUCAUACUAAACCCAAAAGAAGUGAAAAUUCUAAACAGAAUUAGAAGUGGACAUUGUAUGACGAAAGAAAGGAGGGCGAAAUGGGGUUGGGAAGAAGACGAAUUGUGUGAAUGGUGUGAAGAAACCGAAAAUCUGAAACACAUAAUCUACGAGUGCCCACAAUACAACCUAAGUCGAAGUCAGUUUCCGGCAUUGGAGUAUAUGAAACCAUUAGAAGUGAUUCUACAAGAAGGCUGUGAAGAAGAAAUGAAGCAAAUAGUGAAGUUUUUGGAAGAGAACAACAUCCACAUAUAAAAAGACAACUAAACAUGUA